CCUCACAGUGGAGGAAACAACGUCGUCGUUUUCUGCUUUCCAUCUCCUUGAACUUAUGCUCCAAGUUGAAAAGGAACCUUCCAGCAUCGUCCAGGCAAAAGCCUCAUCAGAAAAAGUCUUCAGAAUCUCUCUACAAUCAUAACUCCUAAGAGGAAAUGGCAACUGAACAACCAAAAUCGGCAACCGAAGACGUGAAGAUGGAUCUGUUCGAAGAUGACGAUGAGUUUGAAGAGUUUGAAAUCGAUGAAGAGUGGGUCAUCAAGGAAGAAGAGAAGGAAGGGACACAGCAGUGGGAAGAUGAUUGGGAUGAUGAUGAUGUCACUGAUGAUUUCUCACUGCAACUGAGGAGGGAACUUGAGAAUAACGCUGUGAAGAGCUGAGCUGGACUUAUGCAUUCUCUAUUGCCUCUCGUAAUUCCUCUGUGAACUGCACUCUAGUUUGAAUUGAUUUUCAUUUCCAUGCAAAAAAAAAGAAAAAAAAAUGCUUGAGCUUUAACUCUUAUGCUUUGCUGUUUGGUAGAAACUUAAAAUGCAGAAACGGGUUUUUAUGGUUCUCUAAAGUAUAGACAUCGAUUUAACUGUUCCUGAUCUUGUGCCUGUGUGUUGUUAAAGUUAUUGUUUGGUUAUUUUAAA